CUGCGUCCUGACGUCACCACGCUGCUUUUCCGCUGCCGGCAGAGAACGAGGAGAAGGAAAAGCAGAAGUAGCAUCAGCGAUUUAACAACUACAGCUGAUUGUGAGAUACGGAAGCAGAGCCGAUAAAGACCAAGACACUGGAUCUGUGAGAAGUAAACUGUUAAAGGUGACCAACAAUGGCUGUGAACGUGUACGCAACCUCAGUGACCAGCGACAACUUGAGUCGUCAUGACAUGCUGGUGUGGAUCAACGAGUCUCUGCAGAUGAACCUGACUAAGAUAGAGAUGUUGUGUACAG